CUUCCCCAAACGUCACUGCAUCGGCAUAUAUAUAUAUAUUUGGGGAAAGUAAAAUACAUAGGAAAAAAAAAAAAGGUUUCAGAAGCUUUCCCGCGCAAUCUUCUUAACAGUUUCGGACCAAUGGCUCCCAAGUCCGAUAGCAGCGCCGAAGGAAUCGUUCUCAACUUCGUGAAUGAGCAAAACAGGCCAUUAAAUUCACAAAAUGUGGCCGAUUAUUUGCAAAAGUUCAACCUCAAGAAGGCGGCAGUUCAAAAGGCAUUGGAUACUCUGGCUGAUACUGGACGGAUCUCGUUCAAGGAGUACGGUAAGCAGAAGAUUUACAUCGCCCGGCAAGACCAAUUUGACAUCCCGAACAACGAAGAGCUUAAUAGGAUGAAGGAGGAAAAUGCCAGCCUUCAGCAACAGCUCCAGGAGCAAAGGAAAGCAAUCGGCGAGGUCGAGGGAGAGAUUAGAACUUUGCAAUCAAAUUUGACACUUGAACAGAUAUGGGACAGAGAAGCCAAACUGAGAAAGGAGGUCAAGGAAAUGGAGGACAAACUAGAAAAAUUGCGUGGAGGAGUUACCCUGGUGAGGCCUGAAGACCGUAAGGUAAUCGAGAACAUGUACUCAGAAAAACUCAGUCAGUGGAGAAGGCGUAAAAGGAUGUUCAAAGAUGUAUGGGAUGCUAUUACCGAGAACUCACCCAAGGAUCUCAAGGAGUUCAAGGAGGAGCUUGGAAUUGAAUAUGAUGAAGAUGUUGGUGUGAAUUUGCAGUCGAAUAGCGACCUGCUGCAACAUGGUAAGAAGCGUCCUAGAGGCCAGUGAUUUGGUGAAGUGUUUCCUCUUCGCACAAGUCUUUUCAAGUGUAUAAGAUGAUAUUUUCCUAGAGGUGAACCUGUUGCAAAAGGAAAAUACAUGUAAAUUCUGCAUGCUUUUAAGAUCUAUAUUUUUCAUAGGCAUUACAUGCUCAAUGUUUCUUUUACAAUGACACAUGAUAUGACAGUUUAUGUAGUAGAGGAGCUCAGACAUUACUCACAAUGUUAAGCAUAAGGCCCCAUGUACUUCAAUUAUGAAAAAUUAUCAAUAUAUGAGCAAUUCCUUUGUUUUA